CAAAAGUCCAAAAUUGUUGCUGCUUUUAACGUACCGAAGAAGUGUAACGGUGGACGGGAGUGUUGACAGCUCAACAAGUCAGAUCGUCUUCAUCAUCAAAUUGAAUUGAUUUUGAAUUAUGAACCGAAAAGGCCUCGCCAUAUUGAUGCGUACCAAAAUGCGACCGUUAUCUCCGCCGGCUACCCUGAACAAACUCAAUCAAAUGGAAAUUUCUCCUCAAGAAAGUAAACCGGGCGUUAAUUCCGCCUCGGACGCGUCCGUUGGUACCCGAAGGGAAUUUGAGCAUGUAAAAGAGUAUAUGCACUCUGCUAUCUCAAUGAACAAGACAGAGAUUCUGGAUGCUACUCUUAGUGAUUUCUCUGAGGGUUAUGUUGGCCUGUCUGAUGAGAGUCGAAGGAAAUUACUUCUUUCGCUUGCAAGAGAAUAUGACCUCGAUAGGAUGCAAGUUCAGGAACUGGUGAAGCAGUAUCUUGGGCUUGAGCUUCCUGCCGGUGGCAGUGCUCAGGAUAGUGGGAAUGAAGAGGAAUUGUCACUUUCUGCAUUUUAUAGGAUUGAAAGAAACUUGAGGCAUGCCCUCAAGCCAAAUUAUGAGAUACUAUUUGAGCGACUCAACAAGCAUCCCGGAGGAUUGAAGUUCUUGUCUAUCAUUCGAGCUGAUAUUCUUUCUAUUCUCGGCAAUGAAAAUUUCGCGUCCUUGCGAGCGCUUGAUUCUUACUUAAAAGAGAAGCUUACUAUGUGGCUUAGUCCUGCUAACCUUGAGCUUCACAACAUCACUUGGGACGAUCCUGCUUCUUUGUUGGAAAAAAUAGUAGCUUAUGAGGCUGUGCAUCCAAUCAGUAGUCUUUUAGAUCUGAAGAGGAGACUUGGAGUUGGACGCCGCUGUUUUGGAUAUUUGCAUCCUGCAAUACCAGGUGAACCUUUAAUAUUUAUAGAAGUUGCAUUGAUGAAGAAUGUGGCUGAGACAAUCCAGGAAGUUCUAUGGGAUGAUCCUCCAAUACCCGAGAACGAGGCAACUUGUGCACUUUUUUACUCCAUAUCAUCUACGCAGCCUGGCUUAUCUGGGAUAAACCUGGGAAAAUUCCUUAUUAAGCGAGUGAUUGAUGUUGUGAAGAAGGAUAUGCCAAAUAUAUGCAUGUUUGCAACACUUAGUCCCAUUCCAGGCUACAUGCAAUGGCUUCUAUCGAAAUUGGCAUCGGCAGAGAGAUCGGUUUCCACCUUUAAAGAGAACUUGCUUAAUCCAGAAGAAGAAAAGGCAAUCUUAGAUGCAUCAAUGGAAUUCAAUAGUGGGAAGAGUGCCAUGGAAGUAAUGCAGUACUUAUUGACAUCAAAACCCUACAAGUGGUCAAAGUCACCUGAGCUGAUCUCGGUGCUUAGAACUUCUCUGCUGCGACUUUGUGCUCGGUAUCUUUUGCAAGAGAAGAAGAGGGGGAAAGCUCUAGAUUCUGUGGCAAAUUUUCACUUACAAAAUGGAGCGAUGAUUGGCCGACUGAAUUGGAUGGCGGAUCGAUCUGAAAAAGGUCUCACUCAAAGUGGCGGGAUUAUGGUCAACUACAUCUAUAGGGUGGAGAACAUUGAAGAAAAUGCUCAGUCAUAUUACAGCAAGGGGCAAAUUCCUGCUUCUUCUGAGGUGUCUGUCUUCCUCAAGGAUCAUUAAGUAACAGCAGACAACUAGGAGGCUGUUGGAAGGAUGAUUGAACUAAAUGUCCUCUUAUUGUACAGGUAAUAUUUCAGAACAUUUUCGCCAAUUCUCUCUCACGUAGAAUUUAGGACUUGAAAUACAUGUAUGUUCAUGACAAACUUCUCUAGAAACUGAUAUCGGAAUAUAGUUAACGAGGCCCAUUGAUAAACGGCAUAUGUAUGGAGUAUUUUGUAUCAAUAACCCCGUCUCUGAGCGGUUUAGAGAAAUCACUUUUCACCUUCCACAUGACUAGUUUCUAAGACGUAGUCCCUCAUUAGUCUUGUGUUUGAGUCAUCAACCACCUGCAGAAAUCAUUCAUUUGUACUUGUGUGAAAAUCAUCAUUGUAAAUAGUUUGCAUGAUGAUAAUCAUUUAAAAAGUAGGCAGCAGCAUUUUGACCUUAUGCGAUAAUCGCUUCAAAUUGUCCCACUCAAAGUCUUGCUUACAGUAUGCGGAUCGAACCUAGAUGGAAAGGAGAGAAUAGUUCACAUGAUGUGAGAAUGGUUCAGUGUGAAGAGAAUUUAUUCAGAGGAAGUUUGACAUGUACUUACCUCUAGUAUGCGCAAUGCUGCAGAGCAAGGAAAAAGAAAAAUGAAAAAGAAGAAACUGAAUCAGUAUCUUUUUUAACAGAGCAGCUCUGCUAUUUAUUUCUUUAUUACUUAGCUUUGGAAGCACAGCUUAUUAAUUAUACAUGAUCUUAGAAUAAUAACUGAUUUCCAUCAUGCUCUAUAACCUCUUUAUUCCAUUCAGUUGUGCAGAUUACACAUCAAAAGGUGCACCAAGGGUACUCGUUAUAGAUAUUAUCUUUCUAAUAAGGUCAGUAUUCAUCUAGUCCAGUGGAAUUCUUAGCAAUAUACCUAAAGAUUUGUGCCUUGCUGAUUCACGCAUCAAGUCGGCACAGAACUUAUCCCCAUCAUUUAGAGGAUGGGUGCCCAAGAAUUCCAUCAAUUCUUCAUAUGCCUCGGGGUUGUAGCUCUGUUCUGUAAAAUGACUAAUUGAGAAAUAAAAAGCCUCAUACACAGAUACACUUUAUAAUACAAUAAUAGUGGUAUGCAUAUGCAAUCUGUAAUAAUAAUAAUAAUAAUAAUAAAAAAGCAUAUGCAAGCUUUGUGUUGGCUUCUUGUAGUACAGUAGUAUUAACUAACAAUUCGUGUACAUAACUUCUGACCCUACUGAAGAUUGAACUUGCUUCUUGUUAAAGCCAGCAAAAGUUGAGGUGUUUCUGAACUAUAUAGCUCAUCACUAUACCUGAAAUUUUCUUGGGGGGGGGGGAGGAGGGUGUUUGGUGCGUGUAAUGCAUGUAAGGAACAGAGAGAAAAGAACCUGGAGCUGAGCAGAGACAAUUUUGACGGCUACGUAUGUGAAGAAAUCAUGGAGGUGUUUUGCUGCCUUGGCUUCUGGCGAUGCUUCUCCAAAUCCUACCACACAAGGGUCCACACCUUAACUUUACUAAGCAAUUUCCACCAUUUUAAUAGCUCAACAUGCUGUAGUUUAACGUUUGCGUGAUUAAGAGGGUGAUUAUAUGAACCUGGAACAAACAUCUUUGAACAGCAGAUACGAGUAGGCUGACGGGAAGUCCUUUGCUGCCAUUGUCCAAAGCGAGAAGCUAUGGUUCUUGCCUGAGGCCUUGUUGUUGGAAAAUAGGUUACCUGAGAUAGAGGGACAAAGAUGGUGGAUUCCAUAGUACAGCGAUGAUUGUGGCUGUGAAUUUUGUGAUGAGUGCUGUAAUCUGUUGCGAUUGCGAGUGAGUAACGAUGGAUAAAUUAAAACACCAUGAUGAAGGAAGAGGAGACUAAUUCUUUGUUAAGAUUACCAAAAAUAUCUUCCAGUUGAAAGGUACAAAUAUCUUCUUAUUUGUGGCAAGAACUCUGGGACUGCUUGGAUGUCCAGCUCAGGUGUGGAUCCUACGCUAUAACGAAAAAGAAAACAAAAGGAAUUUGUCUGGUCCUCUUACUACUGACGGAAUUUUGAUAUCUCCCCAUUCUGAAACAAAUUUUUACUUCUGUCCCUUAAAAUUGUCUCGUGAUUUGCCAAGUUGAAUUGGCGACCAAUGUGAUCUUCUUCACUUUUAUUCCCCUUCUUUAGUUUCAUUCCUAAUCGGUUUAAAGUUUGUAUACUAUCAUUUGAAGCCCAAGGGUAUUCUUGCAAUCAAAGUGACAACUGAUCAGAAUCGUUUUGCCGCGUAGCUUUUCAAGAUUUGAUACAUAAUCCUUAAGAAUUCGUCCAUGAUACAUAACUGCUACACUUUAAAGGUUAAAAACAAGGAAAAUGUCUGAUGUCUCUCUCUCUCUCUGUUGGAAUAAGUUGUUAAUCACUAAAAUCCAAAUGAUGGUGAUUAAGUGAUGAUUAAGUGACAAAAGUGAGA